AUGGCUCAGUUGGUUGGUGCAGACGAUAUAGAGUCACCGAUAAUGGAGCUCUCGGAGAUACGAAGAAGUAUCAGAUCAUCAUUUCGACGCCACACCUCAAGUUCCCGAAGCAUUUCGGGUUUGAGUUCUACACAGAAUGAUCAUGAGGUUGACGAUGAACAUCUCUCACAGUGGGCUGCCGUGGAGAGAUUGCCGACUUUGGAGCGGUUGAGAUCGUCUUUGUUUGAUGAAAAUGAAGGAGGAAAAAGGGUGGUUGAUGUCACCAAGCUUGAUGCUGUGGAACGUCAUAUGUUCAUCGACAAACUCAUCAAACACAUUGAGAAUGACAACCUUCGUUUAUUGCAGAAAUUCAGAAAAAGAUUAGACAAAGUUGGUGUAAAAUUGCCCACUGUGGAGGUAAGAUAUCAAAAUGUGCGUGUAGAAGCAGAGUGCGAAGUAGUUUAUGGCAAGCCCCUCCCAACGCUAUGGAAUUCUCUCAAAAGUAUGCUCUUUGACUGUGCCAAGCUUCUUAGUUUAAAGUCACAAGAGACCAAAAUAAGCAUCCUUAAUGAUGCAAGUGGAAUCAUUAAGCCUGGAAGAAUGACCUUACUGCUUGGUCCUCCAGGAUGCGGAAAGACCACCUUACUGAAAGCACUUUCAGGAAACCUAAGCAAAUCUCUCGAGGUUACAGGAGACAUUUCUUACAAUGGAUACAAACUGGAAGAGUUUGUGCCUCAGAAAACUUCUGCUUAUAUAAGCCAGAAUGACCUGCACAUUCCUGAGAUGACUGUGCGGGAAACACUUGAUUUUUCGUCACACUGUCAGGGUGUUCGGAGCAGAGCAGAUAUUAUGACCGAGGUCAGCAGGAGGGAAAAGGAAGCAAGAAUUGUUCCAGAUCCAGACUUGGAUACUUACAUGAAGGGUAGGGUGAAGGGGAACUAG